UCCUCCCGGUGUGGAAAGCAGACACGCAAUUCCGCACACCGCAGCUGUUACAGAAGAGCUGGGAGGAGGGAAUGGCGGCGACUGAGCUUACCUAACCCGGCCGUGCGGAGGUUACGUAGCCGAGCGGAGGUGGCGGCGCCGUGGCCCCUUCUGCUACGCGUCCAAACCUCAGUGUACCGCGCCCUCCUCUGGCGUGUGUGUGUGGCCUCGUUGAUCGUUGCUGGAGAGACCGAGGGCUUCUCUGUGAAGUGAAAGCACGUUAUCCGUCUCGUCAGUAGGCCGGCAUCAGAGCGGUCCCUUUGAUGUACCCGCGUCCCCAGCCCCAGUUUUCUUAUCCGUCCGCCCACAGCCUGCCGCCUCCCAGCCGCGCGGCGGCGAAGUACGAUAAGACUUUAACAUUACGGCGUGACAAACGAGGCGAAGGGGGAGGCUGCUGAGGAGCCUGGAUGCUUCCUGACGGAGGUGUGCGGAUGGGAUGGAGGAGGAUCGGGAGCGGAAGAAGCUGAAGAGAAGCAGAAUUUGGUACCGCGACGAUGCUGGCGCUUACACUGGCAUGCCCUCAGACUGGGCACGGGAGAAGGCGCGAGGGAGGCACGAUGGCGCGGAGCAAGGAGAGCAGGACGUGGAAGGGCACGGCGCGGCGCACGAGCGAUUUCUUCCGCUCGUGAGCGACGGGCACGACGCGGCCGAUAAGACCUUGCCUCCUCUCCUGACGAGGAUGGAUUCCUUGGGGGGCAUGGCAGGGGGCGUGGCAGCAUGGCGAGGCGCCCUCGGGGACGAGGAGCACGAAGUCAUGGCGAACUUGUUCGAAUCAUGCCAACUGCAGGGUGACCGGAACCCCCUGAAGAUCGUCCGCGCGAGCAACCAGUACCUGUUCGAUGACGCGGACACCCCUUACCUCGACUGCGUGAAUUCCGUCGCCCACGUUGGCCAUUGUCAUCCUGCAGUCGUUGAUGCCGUUGCAGGAACAGUAGGAUCUCUCAUGAAUCCCUGUGGAUGGGAUUUUGACUAUGGUGAUAUUAGAUACCCAAAGGAUCUUCAGUCGUACCUCCCAGACAGUCUAAACACCUUUUUAUUCUGUAACUCAGGGUCAGAAGCUGUUGACUUAGCUGUCCAGCUAGCCAGACUGUAUACCCGGGGCAAUGAUGUUCUAGUUGUUGAUAAUGCCUUCCAUGGCUCUAUCGACUCAGUGCAUCACCUCUCCCCUAAAGUGUCCAAGGCUAAUAAUAUUUCAUCAGUGGAUUGGGUGCAUGUGAUUACAAUGCCUGACCUGUACCGAGGGCCUUAUCAGGGCGAUGAUCCACUGGCAGUCAAGAAAUACAUAGCCAAUGCGAGAGACAUGCUUGAUAAAAUUCGCCUGAAUGGAAGAAAGAUUUCUUGCUUCAUUGCAGAGCCCAUGUUGACUAUCCCUGGUUGCAUCAUUCCACCAGAUGUUUGGCUCCAAGAUAUGUACAAAAUGGUUCGAAAUGCAGGAGGUCUGUGCAUAGCUGAUGAAGUUCAGACAGGCCUGGGUCGCUUAGGUUCACAUCUGUGGUCAUUUGAAGCUCAAGGUGUCACCCCUGAUAUUCUCAUCAUUGGUAAAGCUAUUGGUAAUGGGUAUCCAAUGGCUUGUGUUAUAACAUCCUCAGAUAUUGCAGCUCUCCUGGGAAGCAGAAUUAAAGAGUAUAAGUGCACAGCAGUGAUGAAUGCUGUGGGCUGUGCGGUGUUGGAUAUCCUGCACCGCGAUCAAUUUAUGACCUCUGCAGCAACUGUGGGAUCCUUUCUACUAACUGAGCUCUCAAAGCUAAGAAGAAAGCAUGAAUAUAUUGGUGAUGUCAGAGGAAGAGGUCUGUUGUUUGGAGUGGAAGUGGUGUGGAAUAAACAGAGCAAGAAGCCUGCUAAAGAAAUUGCAGAGCAAAUUGUGAAUAGAAUGAAGCAAGAAAAUAUCCUCCUUGCCAAUGAGGGGGAUCACCGAAACAUACUGAUGAUUAUGCCUCCCAUGUGUUUCACCCAGGAGAAUGCAGUUCUUUUAAUACAGAAACUGGAUAAAGUCUUCACAGAAUCAUACAGUCAGAGAUUUGUCAGAGACCGUGUGACAAGUAUACCAUCUUUAAACCAAAAUGUGCAACCCAUCCCAAGUGUGAGUGAUGGGCGCCUGGGCAUCAUCCAGCCACAAGAAGAGGAAGAUGAUGAAUUAAUAGCUGCCUCAAGAGAUACAAUGGACCUUGAAUAUGCUCAGCAUUGCUAUCAUGACCUUGACUAAAUUUAGUUUUCUCUGAGAUUUAAAUUUCUUUUUUGGUCCAGACUUUGUGUAAUAAUAUAUAAUAUAUACCUUU